UGUGUUGGAGUAGGCAGGCGAGAAAGAAAGAGAGAGAGAGAGAGAGGCAAGGGGUUGGAGGAAACGGGUGGAUAAGAAAUAAAGGUGUAGCCUGUGAUCCACUGAGACAAUCAAGCGAGGGGGCUUUUCUUUCUAUAAAUGAUUUCACGGGGCUUUCUGAGCAGAGCGAGUAGUGAAUCAUCCUCCCUUUGCGCCUGACGCGUAAGGUUGCCCCUGUACGCCUUUGGGCAUCACCGCUCGAUGAAGGAUGAUAGGCUUGAUUCUAUAGCGUGAAUUCCCGACUAAAGUAUUCUUGCAAUCCACAGUGAAGACAGAGGAGGAGGCAAACUAUGAUCCGAGGAUGAUUUCUGCUAAGAAAACUCCGGAGAAGAGUCGUUAUCCGAUCCACUAUUUGGUGUGGCACAACAAACACCGACAGCUGGAGAAGGAGCUGGCAACGAACGAGCAGCUUCGUGCUCCAGAGAGAACUGACAGAGGUGGAAUAGGAAAAGCAAGGAGGCUACACUCACAGACUGAACCGAGGAGCGGAGGCACAAACAAGACUGAUUUAGAGUCUCUGGACCCUCGUGGUCGGACUCCUCUCCACCUGGCCGUCACGCUGGGCUACCUGGACUGUGCCAGAGUCCUGCUGCAGCACGGAGCUGACGUUAGCAAGGAGAACCGUAAUGGAUGGACCGUUCUUCAAGAGGCGGUGAGUACCAGAGAUCCGGAGCUGGUGCGUCUCGUGCUUCGUUACCGUGACUACCAGAGAACUGCCAAGAGACUGGCGGGCAUCCCCGUCCUGCUGGAGCGACUGCGCCAAGCCCAAGACUUCUAUGUGGAGAUGAAAUGGGAGUUUACCAGCUGGGUGCCCCUGGUGUCUCGUAUCUGCCCCAGUGACACCUACAGAGUUUGGAAGAGUGGUCAGUGUCUUCGCGUUGACACCACCCUGACGGGAUUUGAACAGAUGACCUGGCAGAGAGGAAACCGGAGCUUCAUUUUCAAGGGGCAAGACUCCAGCGCAGAGGUGAUGGAGGUCGACCACGACAGACAGCUGGUGUUCUGUGAGACCUUGUGCGUCUCGUCCCUUACGGCGCUCUCACCUGGCAGGAGGAAUGGUGGCGCCUGCAGCAGCAACACCACCGGGUUGGGUCUACUGGGGGCGAUGCAACCCAACGACGAGCAGGUCGCAGCCAGGCUGUCUGCCCCGGUGGUGACCACUCAGCUGGACACCCGCAACAUCGCCUUCGAGAGGAAUAAGACGGGCAUCCUGGGCUGGAGGAGCGAGAAGACGGAGACGGUGAAUGGAUAUGAAGCCAAGGUGUAUGCAGCAUCCAAUGUUGAGCUGAUCACCAGGACCAGAACUGACCACCUGUCAGACCAGAACAAGAACAAGACAAAAGGUGGAAAGACUCCACUGCAGAAUUUCCUUGGGAUUGCUGAGCAACACAUGGGGCCAAACAAUGGGGCUCUGGUGACCCAGAUGUCAUCCCCUGUGGUAACUAACCCUGCAGCGCUGACGGCGGAGGAAUACUUCAACCCCAGCUCGUCACCCACUCAGAGGGACAUCGGCCACCCGUGCCAGCUCACCACCAAGACCCAGAGGUUUAAAGCCAAGUUGUGGUUGUGUGAGUCCCAUCCUCUGUCCCUGGCAGAACAAGUGGUGCCUAUCAUCGACCUCAUGGCAAUCUCCAACGCGUUGUUCGCUAAGCUGCGUGACUUCAUCACUCUGCGCCUGCCGCCCGGCUUCCCCGUCAAAAUCGAAAUCCCCCUCUACCACAUCCUAAACGCUAGGAUCACCUUCAGCAACCUGAACGGAUGCGAGGAGGGGAACGGCCCCCGUGCUGACAACGAAGUAGGGGUGGAGGCAGAUGGACAAAGGGACACCCCAAGGACAGACACCCCUUCACCAGGCAGCGACUCCUCCAGCAUCUCCAGCUCCAGCUCCACCAUGUCGUGUCGAGCCGGAGAGAUUCCCCCGUGUGUGUUCGAGCCCCCGCCUGGAUACACCAUGCUAGGAGGCAAACAGAGAGACAGCAUGAGAGAGGAGGAGGAAGAUCUGCUGCAGUUCGCCAUACAGCAGAGUCUGCUGGAGGCCGGCUCCGAAUACGAUCAGGUGACCAUCUGGGAGGCGCUGACCAAUAGCAAGCCGGGAACUCACCCCCUGUCCUGCGACCCGAGUCGUCUGGAGAGGACCCCCCAGCACAAGCCCCGCCCCCCCUGCAGCCUCUCCUCCACCCCCUCCAAGAAGCCACCGAACCCUUGCAGCUACGACGAGCAGCUCCGCAUCGCCAUGGAGAUCUCGGCCCGGGAGCAGGAGGAGGCGGAGCUCCGACGGCGGCAGGAGGAAGAGGAGCUGCAGCGCAUCAUCCAGCUGUCGCUCAUGGAGAAGUGAGAGCCGAGCGGCCCAGCAAGGCGGGUCUGCGGGGAAGGGUCUGGACCGAGGACACGUGGGAGAACAGGGCACAACUGGCUAGUUUAAGCACAUCCUGCAAGCGGCUGGAAACAAAACGUCCAAGUCAUCUUUCAUACGAUCAAAUCGCCACCUCCUCUCUUCUCCCAUCGCCUCAGCCAGACCUUUUCCCAUGAAGCCAUACGGUGACGUGGCUGUCCGGCCAGAGAGACACACCGGUUUCCUCUUUCUGGUGCCACAUGGUACUUUCCUGACCAGUGCCAGUUUACAACCAACAAUACAUCCAAUAUAGGUUUAGACGAACGCCUCCUUGGAGGACAGAUUUCUGAAUGUUUGCAGGUGUAUGUGUGUGUGUUUCAAAACCAGCUCUCCGCACAGGGGGUCAACAGAUCAGCUUCUGUCCCAGAAACAUAGUGUGUUAGGCCAAAUCCCUGCUCCAGCACUAACACACACGCCCACCGAGUCCUUUUGCCACCGAGUCGUGUGGUUUUCAGCUGUGAUUGUGCGUAAAAGGACAAAAGUGACAGGGUCAGACGUGUGGAGAAUACUGUAACCUUCCUCUGUAACAAGUUGAGUUGAAUGUCGACAAACCAUCUGACUUCCUCAGUUUUUAAUGAAAAUUUUCCAGAAAAGGGGGACUAUUUCAUUUCUCUUUUUUUUUCAUUUGCACAAAAUCCAGAUGUACUGUACUUAGCUUGUGGGUGGAUCACAUAUAUGACUGUUAAUGAAGUGUGAGCACAAAGUUCUAGUCGCAGCCCGGAGCACAGAUACAGUCAUGGAUGAAAGCACUGGCACCCCUGGAACCUAUAGCGAGAUCUCAAAAUUGCUGUUGCAAGAAGGCACCCGUCAAAUCUGAGAGACCUGGAGCAAUUUGCAAAAGAAGAGUGGUCCAAAAUUCCAUUUGAGAGGUGUAAGAAGCUUGUUGAUGGUUAUAGGAAGUGACUGGUUUCAGUUACUUCUUCCACAGUGUGUGCGACCAAAUACUGAGUUGAGGGUGCCAACAAUUUUGUCUGGCCCAUUUUUUGAGUUUUGUGUAAAAUUAUGUAAAUUAUGGCUUUGUUCUUCUGCUUUUUUGUGUUUUUCCAAUGCACAUCAAGGAAAUAAACACAUGUAUACCAAAAACAUUUGUAAUUGCAACAAUUUCUGGGAGAAAUGGUGUAUUUUCUGGAAAAAUUCCAAGGGUGCCAAUACUUUCGUCCAUGACUGUAUGAUCAGACUAGCAGAUGAACACUUGGUGUACUAACUAUACUGUACGAGUUUGUCGCAGGCCUGUGUGUAAUAAAAACAACGAGGGGACGUUGCCAGUGAUUUGUGAGGUUAUUGUGGUAUAGAGAUGUUACACUGAACGAGCUCUCCUGUAAAUUUGCAUCCUCUCACCUGACAUGAGCGGAUGAAUUUCUGUGUUUCUGUGUAGUCACGGUACAUGACGUCUACAAUAUUUCAGCAUGGGGUUUCAUUUUGUCCGGCUUGCCUGGAGACCUGCAACAUCAGAGCGCGCUCUCUGCGGGGGUACGAACCCUGGAAGAAACACUGUAAAGGCUAUCAACAGCAACUUUAGGUUUCAUUGCACCCAAACAGCAACAUGAUGAAAGCAAGUGUUGAAUCGUUGCCGCCCCCAAAAAAACAACCGAAUGUCGUCUCAUAAUUGUAAUAUUGCAGUUGUCAAGCCUAGUCCAACACCGAGGGACGUGUUUUGUUGCAAAGCAGGCGUGUGCUGUCCUUUUCUCUUUUUCUAAAAAAAAAUGAUUCCUUUGAACGAAAUGUCAAACUUUCACACUCUGAUAUUAGCACAAACUGAGGAGAACCACCUCCCUCUCCUCUGUAACUCAUUGUCAAGCUUGCCUGGUUAAUACUAAUUUUUUUUACUUUCUAAAAAACGCUGCAGAAAACGGAGAUGCAGCAGGGUGUUUUCAUGCUGGGGAAGUGAUAAUUCAGAUGAUUCCAAUAAAGAAACAUGUUUUGGA